AUGGGCUGGGUUGGCGUGGGGACUCUCGUCACGACCGCGGGUUACUUUCUCUAUCGCUAUCCUCCGCGCAGCUGGACACCCGAUCAUCACUCCCCCCCACCGGAUCCCCGAUCCCAAGCGCGGCCUGCUUCUCCCUCCGAGCCUCUGCCGACGAAACAUGUCACAGGCCCCUCGACCCCUCGACCGAUCGAAAUAGAAGAGGAAAGCUCUCCGACCACUCCAAAGGCUUCGGCAUCGAGCGCACCGCCCCCUGUACUCGCAGUUCCUGUGCUGAACCUGGAGGGAGAGCCUGGCACCAGCGACACUCGGAGUGUCGCAACAAAUCCCCCUGCUCAGCAGAAUAUGAAUGGAUCCACGAAGCAGCAAUCGCCAGACCGCAAUGAUCAGAUCUCGGAGAUCAAGUCUCAGCCGCCGUCCCUCACAACCCCCUCCCUUCUCCAGGCGCGAAAACCACCCACACUCUCCACACCCACCGCAAACACCUCCUCCCUGAUGCCACCACCCUCAGUCCCUCGUCUCCGACCAACACCACAGCCGAAUAGAGCCCCGCCAGGUCUUCAGCCACCGCGCUCAAAUGCGAGCUCGCUCAUGCCCCCUCCCUCGGCCGCCGCAGGACUCCGCGUCCCAUCAAACGGCGGAGGCCUCAGCAACAGCACGCUAGCACCCAGUCUCAAGAAAUCCUCUCGCAAAGUCAUCCUCGAUCCGGGAUACUCACCCCUCGAUUGGGCCGCUCGGGCCGCGAACCCGAAAAGUCAGCUUCGAGGCGCAGGUGUACCACCAGGCUUGGUGCGCGUCACACCAUCCAUGCUGAAGUCACAGAACGGGCGUAAGGACCGCGAUGCGUGGACUUCCUACCAGGGCAAAGUGUAUAAUAUCCAACCUUACGUCCCCUACCACCCGGGCGGAAAGGGAGAGUUGUUGCGCGGCGCAGGCAAGGACUCGGCGCAGCUGUUCCAGGAGAUUCAUCCCUGGGUGAAUUGGGACGGUAUUCUCAGCGAGUGUCUCGUUGGCAUCCUGGUUUCUGAGAAUGAUAUCCAGACCGAGAAUGCUUUGGAUGCGAUGGAUUGA